AUGGCGGGUGGAGGAAAUAUCAAGGUGGUGGUGAGAGUGCGACCGUUUAACGGCAGAGAAAUUGAUAGAGGGGCAAAAUGUAUCGUGCAAAUGAAAGGCAACCAGACCGUCCUUAUCCCCCCACCAGGUGCCGACGAGAAAUCGCGAAAAGCCGGAGGGAAAGGUGCGGUGGAAGGGCCCAAGUCUUUUGCCUUCGACAGGUCGUACUGGUCUUUCGACAAGAAUGCUCCCAACUAUGCGAGUCAAGAUAGCCUCUUUGAUGAUUUGGGUGUGCCACUUUUGGACAAUGCCUUUCAGGGGUACAAUAACUGUAUCUUUGCUUACGGCCAGACUGGUUCCGGAAAGUCGUAUUCGAUGAUGGGAUAUGGCAAGGAGUACGGUGUGAUCCCGAGGAUUUGUCAGUCUAUGUUCGAGCGCAUUUCAAGCAUGCAGCAGGACAAAAACCUUAGUUGCACCGUGGAGGUCUCGUAUCUUGAAAUUUACAAUGAGAGGGUGCGCGACCUGCUUAACCCUUCCAAUAAGGGUAACCUCAAAGUCCGUGAGCACCCGUCGACAGGUCCUUAUGUUGAGGAUCUCGCCAAACUAGUGGUGAGCUCUUUCGACGAGAUUGAAAAUCUGAUGGACGAGGGUAACAAAGCUCGAACCGUCGCUGCCACAAACAUGAAUGAGACAUCCAGUCGAUCGCACGCCGUCUUUACUCUGACGUUGACACAGAAACGACAUGAUGCUGAAACGUCAAUGGAUACAGAGAAGGUGUCGAGAAUCAGUUUAGUCGAUUUGGCAGGUUCCGAGAGAGCAACGUCGACUGGUGCAACCGGCGCAAGGCUGAAGGAAGGAGCUGAAAUCAAUCGAUCACUUUCGACUCUCGGCCGUGUGAUUGCAGCUCUAGCAGAUUUGGCUUCUGGGAAGAAAAAGAAUGCUUCAAUGGUUCCGUAUCGUGAUUCGGUCCUGACGUGGCUGUUAAAGGACUCUCUUGGAGGUAACUCCAUGACGGCAAUGAUUGCAGCUAUUUCCCCUGCAGAUAUCAACUUCGAUGAAACGCUAGGUACAUUACGUUAUGCCGACUCUGCCAAACGCAUCAAGAACCAUGCAGUCGUCAAUGAAGACCCUAACGCACGGAUGAUUCGAGAACUCAAGGAAGAGUUGGCACAACUCAGGUCGAAACUGGGAGGCGGGGUGGUCGCUGGAGGUGCAGCUGCUGGAGGUACCAGUAUGGGGGUGGAAGAACAAUACCCUCCGGACACUCCCUUAGAAAAGCAAAUGGUCUCUAUCCAACAACCCGAUGGCUCUGUCACCAAGGUGAGUAAAGCGGAGAUCAUGGAGCAGCUCAAUCAGAGCGAAAAGCUUUAUAAAGAUUUGAAUGAAACGUGGGAGGAGAAAAUGGCAAAGACAGAACAAAUUCACAAAGAGCGCGAAACCGCCUUGGAAGAACUAGGUAUCAGCAUCGAAAAAGGCUUUAUCGGUCUCAGUACUCCCAAAAAGAUGCCCCAUCUUGUCAACCUGAGCGAUGACCCUCUCCUUACCGAGUGCCUUGUGUACAAUAUCAAGCCGGGAAAUACUAUGGUUGGAAAUAUGGAUCAAGGAAGCCACGUCGAGAUCAGGUUGAAUGGCUCCAAGAUUCUUCCCAGCCAUUGUACAUUCGAAAAUGUGGACAAUGUGGUUACCAUCGUUCCCAGCGAAGGUGCCGCCGUUAUGGUGAAUGGACUACGCAUCGACAAGCCCACGCGCCUAAAAAGUGGGUUCCGCAUCAUUUUAGGCGAUUUUCAUAUAUUCCGAUUCAACCAUCCACAGGAGGCUCGUGCCGAACGAGUAGAGCAAAGCUUAUUGCGUCAUUCUGUUACAACAAGCCAGCUUGGUUCGCCUGCCCUGAACAAAACUCAUGAUCGAAACUUGAGCAAGGCUGGUUCGGAUCUCGAGUGGGAUUCGAACAGGGCUGAUUCGCCGAUGCCUUCUCAACGCGGAAGAGAAUCAGAUUGGUUUUAUGCGCGUCGCGAAGCUGUUAGUGCCGUUCUAGGACCCGAUCAUAUCUCUCACAUGCCUGAUGAUGAGCUGGAUGCUUUAUUUGAGGAUGUGCAAAAAGUCAGGGCAACGCGCCGUGGCUUGGUGGAGAAUGAGGAAGAUUCAGACUCGUUGAGUUCAUUUCCCGUUCGGGAUAAAUACAUGUCUAAUGGCACAAUCGACAAUUUCUCUCUGGACACGGCUAUCACAAUGCCUGGAACCCCUCGUCAAAAUGCCGAGGAUGAUGGUCAAAAUGGUGGCUAUUCAACCCUUCAGUCGGUACGUCAGGAUAUGCAAAAACAACUGGACAGACAAAAGGAGCAAUACCAGGAUAAAUUAAGGAAUGCUGAAGCUUCUCCUCAAGGAUCUGAGGAUCCAAGUUCUGAAAAGACUCGUAUGGAGGAAGUUCUUCGGGCUGCGAAAGAAGAAUACGAAGAACAAUUGAGGAAGCAGAAAGAAGUAUUUGAGUCCCAUAUGAAAGACAUAGGGCAGCCAGUUCCCAUGAUAUACGAGAAUGGCUUUCCCAAGUUGGACUCCAAGGAACUGGAGAUCGCGCGUUCAGUUUUCGGCCACUGGUCCCAGCAAAAUUAUGUGCGCAUGGCAGAGAAAGUGCUACAGCAUGCUUCAUUACUCAAAGAAGCCCAAGUCAUGAGCCAUAUAAUGGACAAGCACGUAGUUUUCCAGUUUACAAUCAUCGACCACGGACACAAUAUGGCUUCAUCGUAUGAUCUUGUGCUUAACGGCAUCUCAGGUGAUGAAGAUGUGAUCUUAGACGAUGCGAAGAAACCAUGUGUUGCGGUCCGCGUCAUUGAUUUUAAGCAGUGUGUUAUUCAUCUCUGGUCCAUUGAGAAACUCCAGCGUCGCCUCCAAGCUAUGCGCCAACUGCAUCAGUACAUUGACCGCCCGGACUAUAUUCAACACUUCAAACUUGAGAAUCCUUUCUCUGAACCGUGUUCGCCUCAGUAUUCCCUUGUGGGUGAUGCCGAUAUCCCCCUUACCGCGGUUUUCGAGACUCGAGUCCAGGAUUUCUCUGUUGAGGUUCUUUCACCGUACACACAAAGCGUGGUUGGUAUUAUUCGGUUGUCUUUGGAGCCCUCGUCGGCUCAAGCGCCGUCGUCUACCCUCAAAUUUAACGUUGUAAUGCGCGAUAUGGCGGGCUUUGCCGAGUGGGAAGGCACCGAUGUGCAUGCCCAACUCUUUGUACCGGGCAUCUCGGACGAGGGCGGGGCCACUACCACACAAAUGAUAAGCGGGUUUGAUGAAACGCCGGUGCGAUUUGAGAGCGUCCAUAGUAUGAGCUUGCCUCUCUCCAGCCCGCGGACAGCGGCUUUGAAAAUCUGCGUUUAUGCUCGCGUUACUCAAAUGCAUCUUGAUAAGCUUCUCAGUUGGGAUGAUAUGCGCGACUCAGCAGAAUUAGGACCCCCCCAGGAACGAACGCAGCCGCGAAUUGCCGAGUCCGAAUACUAUUCCGAGGAGCGACACGACGUUUUUGCAAGGGCUCAGGUGCUUGAGCUGGCGGAGUCUGGAGAAUAUCUUCCGGUCGAAGUUGUCCAGAGUAACGCCCUUGAUUCUGGCACUUAUCAGCUCCACCAAGGACUCCAGCGUCGCAUCUCGGUUAACCUCACAUAUAGUUUAACGGAGACUCUUCCGUGGGAUGAUCUUACCAACAUCCGUGUUGGUUCUGUCCGGUUGCUUGACCCGUGGGGUAAGAUCCCUGACCAAGAUCUUCGUACCCCUGACGUUCCUUUGAAGUUCGUUCAAGAGCCAAUGGUGAAGGACAACGCUGAUGGGACGUCCAACGUUACCAUAAUUGGCCAAUGGGACUCGAGUUUACACGGGUCUCUUCUUUUAGACCGAGUAACUGCCGACAAGUAUCGCGUGCAGGUAACCGUUCGGUGGGAUCUCGUUUCUUCCCGUCUACAAGAUCCGGUUUCGUUUGACGUGGACCUUACGCUUCAGGUUCAGGGACGGACAUACGUGCGCCCACAGUCGAUGUUCAAACAGUUCUUCAAUUCAACCCGCAUUGUGCAUUCUACAGUCCGUAUGUUUUCUGUUGCAGUUCGCCCAGUGUCUGCAAAACGCGCGGCAGAUCUGUGGCGGAUGAAUACCCAGAACGACUAUGUGAAAGGAGAAGAGCUGCUCACGACAUGGUCCCCCAGGAAGGUGUCACUUGUGCGCGAUUAUAUCACCUCCCGCAAACGACGCCGGCGUGUCGCUGAGCUUCACGCUGCAAAAGGCGCGCUCAGUGCUACUAGUCUCAUAGCCUCGCCUCCGCGGAGCGGAAGAUCGACACCACUUCGCAGUCAAGAAGUCGCUGAUAGGAAAACCAAGCUCUUGCAAAAAUAUGUUGCUCUCUGGGUGACGAGGAUGGAUCCCAUUGACGCUAUUCUGGUUCGAAGCAAUACCGAGCCUCCAGCGCGUGGUGCAGCUUUCGCUUCUCAUGGGAAGUCGCCAUCAAGUGACAAUGCUGACGGUAACUUUAACCGGGAAUCCUUAAAACCGCGAUUUAUCGCGACUGUUCAGACCCUUCCGAAGAAUCCCUCGUCGCUGAAGUCCGGAUACUUAUUAACACCUGAUGAUACCAAUAGCCACUGGGUUCGUCGGUUUGUGGAACUCCGUCGACCGUAUCUGCACAUCCACUCCGUGCCUGAUGGAGACGAAAUCAAUGCUAUCAAUCUCCGCAAUGCUCGAGUGGACCAUGCACCUGACUUUGCGCGGCUCCUCAGCGGUCCAGGGCCCGGGUCUGACGGUGGUUCUGCAAAGGGUCGACCUAAUGUAUUUGCAGUGUACGGGGCAGAGAAUACGUUCCUCUUCGCGGCACGAACUGAAGCUCAGAAGGUUGAAUGGAUCUUGAAGAUUGACGAAAGUUACUUUAGCAGCAACGGCGCCCGACCAGCAGCCAACAGCUCUUAA